UAUCUAGACUCAGUUAUCUAAGAUACCCGCUUGUAGUCGUUAGUCGUUCGCCAACUGUGGUAGGUGGUGGUUAGUGAAUGUUUGUUGUGUGUGUUAGUAACGGUACCAAGCUAGCGGGACGGUCAGAUCGCAUGGCAAGGAUAUUGUUAUCAAAAACAAGCAACUGAUCUAGGAUGCCUCGUCUGGAGCAGCCGCCGCCGGAGGAUUUUCGUCGCGUCCUGCGAGAGAAGGCUCUAAGCCACAGCUUGUUUUAUCUCAAGCUAGGCGCCGGCGUGGCCCCUGAACGGGCGAAGAGCCAGUCGCGUCGUGCGAGCGACAGUAUCAACGCGCGUGCGCCGGCGACCGCGCGCCUUAGAAAUGCACAGCCGAGAGUUUCUGAGUUAUUGCGACGUUUUGAACCAGGACCGAUGCAGUACCUGCGCCUGCCGCGAUCCUCCAGCCCUCACGACGACAUCACCUCAUCUGAUGAUGACGACAGGGCUGCUGUCAGACGACGCAGCAGAGAUCUGAGCGACGACUCCGCUGUUGAACUGGAACCGCGCAGACGGCAUUCACACCCACGGGAUAUCACUCCACCACCAGACGCGAUGUCUCCGAGAAGAGAGAGGACUCUGAUUGAGGCUAAUGUGGUGGAGUUGGGAAGAAGGGGUAGCGAAGGGUGCGAGACUAGAGGCAGAUGUGUGAGGACCCCUAGCGUUGUUGUGAGUGACUAUUCAGAUGGAAUAGCAGUGGGCGCUACUCAGGAAGAGGUUGAUUGGCUGCGGGCAAGAUCCCUCUCAGCAGACUCAGCCUGUUCAUCGUGUUCUACUCUCUCCAGCCGGGACGACGAGGAGUUCGAGUCUCCUAUACUACCUAAAAAGCAAUCAGAAAGAUGGAGGAAACUGAGGAAUAUUGUGCAAUGGACACCCUUCUUUCAAACAUACAAGAAGCAGAGGUACCCUUGGGUACAGCUGGCUGGUCACCAAGGGAACUUCAAAGCCGGCCCUGACCAAGGAACCAUAUUAAAAAAGCUGAGCCCUCAAGAGGAGAGAUGCUUUAAGUUGCUGAUGAAGGAUGUGUUACGACCUUUCGUCCCUGGUUACAAAGGGCAGGUCACAUGCGAAGACGGCGAAUUAUAUUUACAACUCCAAGAUCUCCUCAGCGAUUUUGACUGUCCCUGCGUUAUGGAUUGCAAGAUUGGCGUACGGACUUAUCUGGAAGAGGAAUUAGCUAAGGCUAAGGAGAAAACCAAGUUAAGAAAAGACAUGUACGAGAAAAUGAUCCAAAUAGAUCCAAAGGCGCCAACAGAGGAAGAGCACAGAAGCAAAGGAGUUACAAAGCCACGGUACAUGAUUUGGAGGGAAACAAUCAGUUCUACUUCGACCUUGGGUUUCAGGAUAGAGGGAGUGAAGAAGGCUGAUGGAACGAGCUCAAAAGACUUCAAGACCACAAAAACGAGAGAUCAAAUUGUCGAAGCCUUUAAAGAUUUCGCUAACACCUCCACUGCCGUGCCAAAAUAUCUCGAACGGCUGAAGGCUAUUCGGACGACUCUUAUGGAAUCAAACUUCUUCAGAACUCACGAACUUAUAGGCAGUUCCUUGCUCUUCGUUCACGACAAAAGAAAAGCCUCUAUUUGGAUGAUAGAUUUCGCUAAAACAGUACCUGUGCCAGAGGAUAUAACUAUCGACCACGAUUCCGCUUGGAAGGUCGGUAACCAUGAAGACGGCUACCUUAUCGGCAUCAAUAACUUAAUAUCAAUCUUCGAAUCCCUUAUCAAGGACGAUAACGGUAACAUAGAUCAGUGUUAUUCGAAUUUAAGUUUAGAUAAAAACGUAAGAAGAGACAGCUUAGCCACUUGAAAGUGAUAUAAUUAAGGAGUUUUUCUCCGUAACAUGGAUAUAAACGUUGCAGCUCUGCAUCUGGAUGUUAAGACGAUGUACAUUUGUAUAUACUGACGAUGUCAUUGUAAAUAAUGAUUGUAUUAAACCAAUUUGUAUUACUGUUGAUGAAAAUACUCACGAAGCAGUCAUUUGAGACUAAUGAUGUAAUUUUUUAUAAGAUAUAACUAUAAAAUACACAUUCUAUGAAUAACAAAGGAACAAAUGUUAAUGUUUAAAUCUCUUUUUAUACGACACUGUAUUUAUGUAAUAUCUUGACGAUAAUUCUGUUUUAUCCAAAUAGUUUUGAUUGAAUAAAUUUUAUCAGAUAAAUCAUUUACUGAAGAUUAUUAACAUGGCUUAUUACACGGGCCAACAAGAGUGUUAAUACCAUUUCUGUUUUAAUGAACACUAUGAAACGUACACAAUUAUUUUCUUGAAGUUCAAGUUUUGGAUCUAAAAAUAAGAAUUCGAAACAUUUUUUUAUAAAUAUUUAUUUGUUAAUGUAAGUACACUAUAUUAGUGUAAAGACUAGACAAUAUGUAGUUUAGAUGUAAGGUUUCAGAUGAUACUAAAUAAAACGUAUCACAAUCGA